AUGUUGUAUUCUAUUCGUGAAAGCGAAGCCGAAGGCAAUAUAUCAACAGAUUCAUAUACUGCCAAUUAAUCUAUUAAUUAAGAUAUUCUUGUAACAAAAAAGAGUUCCAAUAGAUCAUUACCAAAAAAUCAAUAAGAUUUAGAUGAAGAAAUAUAAAAUUUGAAUAAUGUUAUAAAUAAAUUGAGAAAGGUAGAAUAAUUACUUCUCAGUUAAAUAAAGGAUCUAAAACAUUAAUUAGAAAUUCAAUAUAAAAGUUCAAAUAAAGAUCAAGAAUGUAUAGAUGAAUUAAACAAAGAACUAAAUUCAAUAUCAAAUAAAUUACAUCAUGAGAUUAUUCACAAUAGUUAGUAAUAAAAAACUAAUAUAGAAUUACAAAAGUCUAUUCUUAAAUUAGAAUAAGAUCUCAUUAUAAGUAAUCAAGAAAAUUAAGAUAUUUCAGAAGAAUUGCAAAUCAUAAAGUAUUAUUAUAUUAAGGAAGAUCUAAAUAUUCCAAUGAACACAAAUUUGUUGAAUCAUUAUUACAUAUGGUCAUUAGUUGCCAUCCUGAACAUUCUUUUCGAGAGUAGCCAUCACUUAAGUAGGCCUGGAAAUGGUUAAAAUCAAUUCUUUCUGAUUAUUUAGCACUUAAAUAAAAAACAAGAAAUUAUAAAGAAGGCUCUAGCUAAAAUUCAAGCUCCACUAAUAAAUGA